AUGUGGCUGUACUCAAAUUGCGGCAUUAAGCUCUUUCCCCUAGCGAGCGCGUUUAACGACGCCGAUAAGCUUUACGACGCGUAUAUUUGUUACAGUCCAAAAGACGAAGAGUUCGUCAUAGAGUCAUUAGCGCGAGAGCUCGAGAACGGCUAUCCGUCGUAUCAUCUGUGCCUCCAUUACAGAGACGUACCUCACUUCGAGGCGACUUACGCCCAGUUCCCCGACUUAGUAGUGGAGGCGACCGAGGCCUCGCGGCGUAUCAUAGUGGUCUUAACUAAGAACUUCAUCGCCACAGAAUGGUCCCAAAUAGAAUUUCGUCAAGCGCUGCAGCGCGCGCUCCGUAAGAAUCCACACAAAUUGAUAAUUGUCACUGUAGGGCUCGCGUCGCGCGAUCCGGAAUUGAAGUCGUAUUUGAAAACAGGUUUAGAGAUAACGUGGAAAGAGAAACGAUUCUGGGAGAGGUUACGGUAUGCGAUGCCGUCGUGCAAGCGGCGCGGUCACAAGUUGAAGAGACUUAAUUACGGCAGGAAUUCCAAUACGUACACAAUGGACGCGUCCGUGUUGAAUAGCACGUGUCAGACGCUCUGCGGCAAGUCGGCGAAUUCUGAACGUUCGCCGUGCGACCGUCCGCUAUCCGAACAUAUCUAUUCCACGAUCGACUCCGACUAUUCGUCUAAUGAUUUCCAAGGGCGGCACAAUCACCCGCAAGCUGUGGUCUUACAGCACACGGUCCAGACGUACCUGGUUUAG